GCCAUGAGGCAGUCGCUCAUCUCCACCAUCUUUGCUGCAGCACUCGUUUUCAAGUGCUAUGCUCUGGCAGCGGCAUUACCCAUGGGCAAGGCUGAAGACGGCUCCUUGGAGCAGGAUGUUUUUACCUCACUGCUGAACGAUGAGGCCACAGAAAACAGCCAAGGCGAUGCAGAUCUGUCUGCCGUAACCAAAGUUAGAGCUCCGAGGGUAAUCGUCAUCGCUGCGGAUGCAAACCUGUGGAGGGACCUGCGGGUGCUGCACAACGGGUUGCCCCUCUACAAGCGGAGAGCCGACGAAAACAACCAGUUCGUCGAGCACAAAGAUGUCGGACAGGACCUGACAAUCCCCAUCCUCAGGAGGGACACCAUGAGGUGCAUGGUGGGACGGGUGUACCGGCCAUGCUGGGAGGUCUAG